ACAGAAUGAAAGGGGCUGUGGUGGGAUGUGCAGGAGGAUGGAUACAGGCAGCAGGAUGGAUGAAUCUGUGGGGCUUCGGGGAGGAGCGCCUCCUCUACAGCCAGCGGCGGCGUCGUGUGCAUCAGUCCAGCCUGAGCAGAGCAGCGAGCGAGCAAGGCGCAGCAUCAGGGAGCCAAGGAGCUGCAAACCCACAGGAAGAGGCUACAUCAGGAGGCUCGAGCCAGGCAGCUAAGAAGCCUCAACCCAGAGCGGAAGUGCCCGUGGAUGGACAAUGCAGACACUCAUGGCAUCGCAGGAGCUUGUGGAUGCGAGAGACUCUGCCGCUGCCGAUCUCAACCCGGCGAUGGAGGGCGGCGCCGUGCCCAGCAGCGGUAAAACCUGUCCUGUCCACACUCCGGGCGGGGAGGACACCAAGCGGGGCUUUCGGAAAGGCAUAGGCCGGCAUAAUGACUACGUGAAGAUCUCUGUGCCAGAGUCCAAGGUCAAUCGUCUGCCCAUGGAGUGGUGGAAGACAAUAAUCGCCUUCUUUUACGCCGGCUUCAACUUGGUCCUCACCACAGUCGUCAUCACCAUUGUCCACGAGAGGGUCCCACCCAAAGAGAGCAGCCCGCCUCUUCCUGAUAAGUUUUUCGACUAUAUUGACAGGGUUAAGUGGGCCUUUACAGUGACAGAGAUCAAUGGCAUGUUGCUGCUGGCCAUCUGGAUGAUCCAGUUGUUCUUCUUCAGAUACAAGUCCAUUGCAAUCAGGCGGUUCUUCUUCCUCAUUGGCACCCUGUACUUGUACCGCUGUGUCACCAUGUACAUCACCACCUUGCCUGUACCUGGCAUGCAUAUGACUUGUGCACCUAAGCUCCACGGAGACUCCCAGGCAAAAAUCCAGCGGAUUCUGCGGCUGAUUUCCGGUGGAGGUCUUUCCAUUACAAACUCCCAUCUGCUGUGUGGAGACUUUCUGUACAGUGGACACACUGUGAUGCUCACGCUCACCUACCUAUUCAUCAAGGAGUACUCGCCGCGCUCGUUUUGGUGGUACCAUCUGAUGUGCUGGCUGCUGAGUGCCGUGGGUGUGGUGUGCAUCCUGGUGGCUCAUGAGCACUACAGUGUGGACGUGGUCGUGGCCUAUUUCAUCACUUCCCGCCUCUUCUGGUGGUACCACACCAUGGCAAAUUUACAGACUCUGAAGUGCGCGCCCAACAACUACCUCACCAACACCUGGUGGAACCCUCUGUUCAACUUCCUGGAGAGGAACAUCCAAACCUCGGUGCCGUGCUCGUACAGCUGGCCCAUCACCUGGCCUCCUGCCUGCCUUAAGAACCCCUGCAAGAAGUACUCCAUGGUACAGAGUACCCGAGAGGAGUGACACAACGUGACCCCGAUACCCCAACAUUGUUGCCUGAUAAUCCACCUACGGUGGGAUUAAAUCAUUCAGUCUUGUCUACUUGACAGGAGCAUAAUGGUACCAAAUGCAUAGUUAUGACGGGAAAAAUGUGCCUGGAAGGAUAAUCGUAUUUUCUCUGUGUUCCGCUGUAAUUUAUUUGUGAGAUGAGAAGAUCUUAUUGUUUUUGUAAAUGAUACUUGUAUCAGCUCCUGGUGAAUUUCAGACAUGAACAGUUUGUUGCGACUGACUUGUAGGUUUGUUUCAGUAUUUGCAAGACUUUUGAUUUUGGAUCUGCUCCCAUACCUCCUUCAUACUGUGUGUAUUGAUGGGAUUUACCUCAAUAUGAUAUCAAUCAGCACUCAAGUCACAUGGUGCCUUAGUGUGUUAAAUGUCAGUAGAUGUACCAAAACUGCCAUUAUGAGGUUUGGUGUGUUUGCUGUUUUUCUUUUUGCUGUUAUUAUCAUCAUUAUCAUUAUUAUUAUUAUUGUUAUUAUUAUUAUUGUUAUUAUUAUUAUUAUUAUUGUGUUAAUUUUAGUAGUCUAGGGUGUGUAGUCUCAACGUUGUACUACUGUAUUAAAAUGUUACCAUACUAAGGAUUCCCUUUUCUGAUAU